AUGAGGGUGCAACUGCUGCAUCUUCCCCCAGGAGGCGCCUACGUGGCUCUGUUGCUGCCAGCCUUCCUAUCAACCAUAUACGGCGGAUUUUUGCUGGCAGCAACACUGCAGCAAGAAGGCGCAUCUGCAGUCCUUCAUUCGAACUCUGCCAUUUGGGCAUUCACCGUGGCUUUGGGCAGCUCCCUGGGUUUCAGUUUGCUGUUAGCAGCAGCUGGCACCUACGCCAUCAGUGGUCGCAUGGCCGCAGCAGAUUUUUGGCUUUUACUGGGGCUUCUGCUGCCGGGUCUUGCUUCUUCUCUCACAGUUGGGCCACCCUCUCUGGGACUUACUCCUGCCAGGCUCUAUGGGGGCACUUAUCUGCCCGUCGCUGUUGGGCUCUACUGUUUUGCCGGUUUGCCUCCAACUCUUUUGAUACUGCUCGCGCUGGCAGCAGCAGCACCCUGUGCUGCUCAGGCAGCUCGCUGGGGUGCCGGUGCUGCUGACCAAGCCCUGAGUGCCCUCCAUGCGGCUGCAGCGAACUUCCUUGGCUGGUGCUUAUGCACACGAAUAUGGAGGGAGGCGCUUGCUCUUCUUGUGGCGGAGUUGCUACCCUAUCAAACAACAUGUGAAGCCCUUCCCGGCCUGGAGGCGUACGAACUUAGGGUCAUAAGGGCUCAACGCGUCCACGCAGCCGCCACUUUUGCUGCUGCUUCUCCUGGAGGAGGAAAACCUGCAGCUAUUGUAGCAGCUACAUUUGCUGCCAUGGAGAAAUCAGACGCUGCAGCACAAGAAACAGCGGCAGCAGAUCGGGGAAGAAGCCGCCAGCCCAGUCCAAAAGCAUCGCCACAACCUGGCGACCACAAGGCACAGUCACAGCAGCAAAAGCAGCUGCAGGAACAGCAACAGCCACAACAGCCAGUCUUAGUCAAGGAAAGCCAAGUUAGAAGCCCGGGGUCAACUGCUGUUCUACCGGUGGAACAGCAGAGACAGCAGCAGCAGCAAACUCGGCUCCGCGACUCUCUUUUUUGUAGCAACACUUUAUGCCUAGCUGCUUCACCACGAUUAGCCCCGCAGAGAAGCCAGCAGCAGCAGCAGCAGUCGCACCAGCAAGCGCAUCAGCAGCAACAGCAGCAGCAAGUGCAGUCACUACCUACGGACCUGACAGUGAAAGAGUUUUCAGAAACCCUUCCCCCAUCAACUAGAUCUGCAAUACCUGGACUUCAAGGGGCAACAGCCACAGUAACAGAAGCCACUGCGGGCGCCCAUGGAGCAGGGGCGGAAAUGGUCACAGCAGUAUCUGCAGAUGCUGCAGGAAUGGACCUCUCGACACCACAAACUGACUCUUUGCAUGAGCAACAAGAUAAAUAUUACAGGCAGUUUCCACUACGUCAGAGAGUGGGAGGCUGCCACAUGUUUUUCCGCUGCAGGCGACAACACACCACACCUUCCUGCCUGCUGCAUAACCGGUAUGAGCCUUCAGCAGCUACAGCAUCAUCAGCAGGGGCUUGGCCACCUGAUACACUCCUGUCAGCAGCUACGGGGACCCAAGCGAUGCGGUUCGAAACAAAUCUGCGGCGUCAGUCCUUGACAAGGAUCAGCUACCAGCCGCUGUUGACGACGCGGCAGCAGCUACAACACCAGCAAGAACAGCAGGCUCCACACCCAAUUUCCUGGAUCCAGCCCCAUGAUACUGAUACAAAGCAAGAAGAUGCCCUUCCUGCUUUAGGAGCCACAACAGCAGUUGCAGCAACAACAGCGGCUGCAGCAGCAGCCGCUGCAGCUGCUGCUGCGGCUGCAGCUGCAGAAUCCACGCAGGUAUGGCGCUUUGGGCGGCUUGAUAUCCCCUCUCAGGAAGCUAGUGCCUCUGCUACUCUUCCAGUAGCAGCGCCAAGCUCAAGGUCUAGACGUGGGAGCAUACAUCAAGGGGGCAGUAGCAGCAGGAGCAGCAGCGGAGUCAGACCAGCAGACUGCGCUGGCCGUGAGCUGUUCUAUAAGCCCCCUUGGGGUCCUCAACAGAAGGGUGAUGCUACGUUUGGCCCUGCAGCAUUAUCAUCACCAGCAACCGGAAUGAAGCCACAUUCUCGAAGCGCGGCAGCGGUGGCAGCUGCUUCCAGUGCUGCCGCUGCAGCUGUAGGGAUUGUUAAGUCUCGCAAAGCAGCUGCUAUUCUGAAAAAAGCUGCAAGGAGAUUUACUAUGCUACACAGCACCCGUCCUAUAUUUCUUAAGAAACGAUGGGUGACAAAGAGGCCCCUGCAGCAACAGCAGCACCAACACCAGCAACUUUUGAGGCUUCUGCACCUUCAUGAGGAACAGGAGCCUGCAGUGGCUACCAGAAGAGGCCUACCAGCUCGAUAUUUGAGAGAAGUUCGAAGCAGUAGUAGCAGUCUCUGCCGCAGCAGCAGCCAGAUUUCUGCGUCUCUCCAUGCAGCAGUAGCAGCAACAACAGCAAAAGCAACGGCCGCUCCUCAUCUUUCCCAUGGUGCCGUUGGAUUUGCCAGCAAUAGCAGGAGAGCUAGCUGCUGCAGCAGUACCUAUCUGUCAAACGCGAGCGCAGCGGCUCUUGCAACGAUAGAGGCUCCGGUUUCUUCUGUAGUGCCCGUCCCUAGUUCUUCUACUGCUACAGAUGCGGUGGCUCCUGCUGCCUUGGCAGCUACUUUGGCUACUGUGGCCCCGCAUGGCAAUGGCGGCAGCACCAACAGCAUCGGCAGUAUGGAUGAGCUCAUGCAGCAACACGGAUUGCAGUGGUUGAGGCAGCGGCUCGCCGAGAAUCAAAUAGAUGACGAUUUUGUAGUCUCACUGGACAUGUGCUGGGAGCUCUGCUGGCAACUGUGCCAAAGAGCCGCUGUCCGUACACUUGAAAAGGACCUCCCCGCAUAUGCUGUGGACUCUGCAGUAGCCUCAACGACAAAUGCUGCAGUUGCAUCAGUGAAAAAUCCAAGCGUUGGUUAUGGCACCUGCAAAAGCCAAAGCCACCAACGGGGAGAGCUGAGCGACUGCCUGGCUACACCAGAUACACAGCCGCCUCAUUUGCAGCAGAUAGUAGAUCGGCCACUACAGGAAUUGCACGUUCUGCACCUCGAACAGCAGAAACAUCUGGAGAGACAGCAACAGGACAAGGAGGAUGACGUGGCAGCGGAACUGUCUGUGAUAAGGGCAAUCGGCACCGUAGAAGCUGCAGCGCGGCUCCAGCAGUGGCGAAAACAACAGAGCAGGGCAGGAUCGGCGCUGCCACAGCAUCUGCUGCAGCAAGUCAUCUGUGAUGCAGCUGCCGCAGCAGUUGCUGCUUCCUCGCCUUCAGCUUCAACAAACGCAACAAGACGUUGCAAAGCAGCAGCGUCUCAAGAGGUCCGUCUCAAGGCAGUUCGUGUGGAUUCACGUGCAGUCACCUACCACACACGUCGUCAGCAACAGCAGCGGCAGCAAAAGACGACUUGCAGCGCAAUUUCCUUUGCACAUUUGUGGAGGAUUCUGUUUAAAUGCAUUCAUACAGCAAACAACAAAAAGAUAUCGAGAGAGCUUGCAGCAGAGAAGAAGCAGCAAAAAGCUGUGGCUCUUGUUCUGCAAAGGGAGCUGCUGUGGAGGGAGCAGCAGGGACCACAGCCAGGUCCCCUUGCAUCGGCUGCCGUUGCCGCCAAUAUGGCUCCCGGAAACUCAAAUAGACAGGCUAGAGGAACAUUUGGGAGUAUACCACGAAUAAUGCCGUCCCUGCAGCACGAAGAGCAGCUUCCAGGCUGCAGACAAGGAGGUAUCGAAAAAGCCUGUGCGCACCGCAGCGUUUGCCGCAGCAGCGAUAGCAGCAGCUGUUAUACAUACGACGGAAGAACAGCAGAUGAAAGCAGCAGUGCACAAGCAUCAAGAGCUCGUUGCUUUACACAAACGGCUACUGCGCAGGCAACAUCCGUGUCAACAACGGAUGGACCGGGAGCAGCAGCAGCAGCAGCAGCAGAGAUACCGCAGUCUAUUGCGACUCCAAAGCAGCGUACGAAGACCGCUGACGUCUCCCCGUUACGCAGUGAUGUGGCGAAUAAUAAGUCAUCACGAGCAGUAGCAGCAAACGCAGAAGCAGAGGUGGAAAAAUCGCCAUGUAUUUCGUUCACACGUUUGGGAGACAAAGCAACGGAAGUGAACAUCUGGAAACGCCGGUUGCAGCAUCUUUAUCUCUGUUGCAGAGCAAAGGCAGCGGAAGUGUUUUUAGUACUGCAAGAUGCUGCUGUUGGUGCUGCAGCUGCUCGAUUGCUGGUGCAGUCAGCAGGUCGUAGCACUCCUCCUCCGUUGCCCCUGCAGCGUCUGACGCUGAAGUUUGCAGAUGCUGCAGUUGAAGAGCAGUAUGUGGCCUGGCGUGUUGGUUGGAUGGAGCGGAAACGACUGAACAGCUGCGGCAAGCCAGCGCUGCUAUUGUGGGGCCUCAUGAGUUUGCUACUGCCUGCUGCUGCAUUAAGCUGGGCCUUAAACGGCACAAAACAGCAGCAACAGCAGUACCGCUCCUGGAAUGGCUUCAAAUUCUACGCCGGAGCGCGUCUUAUAUUGCAGCUUGGUGGAGAGGCGGCAUUGUUUCUGCUGUCACCAUGCAGCAUCAACAGCAGCCGCAGCAGCAGAAGUAGCGGCUGUAGCAGUAGCGGUAACAGUAAAAAGGUGUCUGCAAGAAUGCGUUCCUUUGUCUCGUACAUAUUUCACCUGAGGCUUUGCCUCUGCCUCUUGGACGUCCCCUUUCACCUGCAACUCCUGUCGUUGCAGCAGCAUGCAGUUGAGGACCUGGUGGUGUAUGGUCCGCUGCUACUGCAGCUGGCAGCAGCAGCUCUGCAACAGCAGCAGCAGCAGCGCCAUGCCUUCUUAAUUUUUGUGGUGUAUACUUCUGUUUUUGUCUGCGUCAUUUUCGCGUGUCUGUGCCUCGUAGAAAAGCAAGCGGUGCCAGGCCCCCCUGCUGCAUCUUUGCUGCUACUGCUUUUGCGCAGUGGAGUGGCAUUUUCCUUCUUGUGGUCUGUGCUUCACUGCCUCGUGCUGAGCGUGGAGGAAAAGUGCAGCAGAUGCGUUUUCUCCACAACAGUGCUUCCCUACCUGUUGCGCUUGGAAGCAGCAGCCUGCUGUGGAUGCUGCGCAUACACUGCACCAAGAGGGCCAGGCGACCGAGCCGCCGGGCUAACAGUGGCAGAAACAGCAGUAACAGGAGUUGCAGCUACGGAGGCAAAAUUGCCAGCAGGAGAAGCUGUUCCCGCUGCCGUGGUCAACACGAAUCCGCAACUUUCCCACGUACAGGAGAAACAGCAACUGUUGGAGCAACAGCAGCGCAAUGUGUCUAAAGCGACGGGAACGGGGAAUCCUAGUGGCGAAGUGGGCCACCAAAGAGGCGGAAGCCAAAACAGGAAGUCUUCAGUCCAAGGAGACGGUGGGACUUUGAAUACUUCCGACAAAACCAAAAGCAGUAGUAGCAAGAGCCCAGAGACAUCAGUAACCAAAAGCGCAUUCGGCAUGAAGAAACAGCAUUUCAAGGGGGCUGGUAAUAGCAGCUCUUAUUGGCCAAAAAGGCUUCAGCGUGUAAUUCGAUGCCGCACACCAUGCCACAAGAAAAUGGGCUCAGUGCUGCAGCAAUGGAAUAAGCAACGGGAACAAAAGCAGCAGCAACAAAAGCGUCCAGAGCAAGAGCAGCAAAAGGCGCGGACGCACCAGCAACAAAUGCAGGAGGUGCGCAGCCUUGCAGUGCGACGCUAUCAUUCUACAGGUUCCCUUAUUGAGAAAGAGCGAGCGGCAGCAAAGGAACCAGAAGAGGCUGCGGCCGCUGCAGUCACUGCUUGGUCAGAUGUGGAGCCAUCACUCGCGUGCAGAGAGCUACUGGAAAGUCUUCCAGCCCGUAGAAGGCGACAAUGCGGUCAGAGCAACAGCCGAAGCAGCAGCAGCAGGAGAAGCUUGCGAAAUUCUCGGCAUAAAGUAGGUACGCAGUUGCAGCAACGGCCCUCAGAAACACUCCAAAUUGCACAGGCAUCCAGACAAAAGUCCAUUGAGGCUUUGCGUGGCCUCCUAAAGGGUCAAGUUCAAAACUCAGCAGCGGCAGCAGCAGCAGCAGCAGCAAUGGCCGGUUCUUCUAAUUGUCCCAAUGCUAUUUCUGCCACUGCUGAUCGAGUGAAUACCAAAGCUGACUGCAGCACUAGCAGCAAGUCUGCCGCAAAGCUCUGGAAAUGGAGGAACCGCAGUGGCCGUUCGGGGCAAGAACUGCACCAAAGAAGCAGCAUCAGCACCAGGCGAUCUGCUUGGACUCUCUUACGAAUGCCGAAGGAAUCUGACAGUCAGUUCCAGGUCGGCCCUUCUACUUUCCGCCAAGGCCAAGAAACAGGGAAAAGGGCAACAGUGUUUGCGCAGCAGCAGCAGCAGCACAAAAGGAUGGUGCUACAGCGGGUCCGCAAGCGACUAACAUCCCUCAACAAAAGCUCUCGACAACGCCGGAGAACUCCAGGGAAUUCACCGUGCUUACCGACACCAACAGCAACUGCCACUGCUGCUGUGAGCAUGCCUCCCUCUCUUCACAAGGUUUCUGCUUCAUUUGGCCGGCCUAAGUCGUGGACUCGUUUGAAGAGCAUCCGAUGCAGCAGCAGCAGCAAUCUCCCAUCAUGGCUGAGGGGAAACAGCUUCAAGGACAGCCCAAUUUGCAGGGGGACCGGAGACUCUCGACCGGCCCGAAAUCGCCUUCUGCUGCACCACCUGUCAGCUUGGGGGAACCGUGGCAGCAGCAGGAGCAGCAGCGGCAGCGGCAGCAGAUUGUGGGGUGAUACUGCUGCAGCGACACCCGCAGCUGCGCACCCAGUACCCUCUACGACAAUGGAAGCAGCGCGUUCUUCAUAUCGUUCUCGUGCUAUUGCCUUGCCUGCUGCUGCAGCCCAUAUCGCUACGACUACAGGCCAGAGUCCUGCUGGUUGUGCUUCUGGAACUGUCAGCAGAUAUUGCAGGGCUGAGGAGGGCAGCCCGUAUGCAGACAACAGCAGAACAGUAGCGGCAGCUACCACUGUUUGUAGGUGCCCACACAACGCGCAGUCCAGCUGCGAUAGCAAGAGGCAGCAGGUAGUCACGCUGAGACAACAGUUGCAGUUGCAACCAUCUCGAAGUUCAUACUUUUCUUCCACAGACAAAAGAAGUGUAGCAGAAGUUGGUUACGGGGUAGUAGCAACAGAAAGGGCCACUGGUACCUCAGCGGUUAGAGGGACUGCAUUUGGACGGGUGGAACCAAGACCCGGAACACCGACUGCAGCCGCAACAGAUGUCUGGAUUUCCGUUCCUUGCCUCGACCCCAACUGGAAUUAUGAUGAGGAUGGAUUUAUACAUAUGCAGCAGAAGCCUCACCAAUCGCAGCAGCAGCGGCUUUGGCUGCCUUGCACGAACACCGAAGUCAAUGCGAGCUCAUCACCUCAGCUGCAUGGGGUUUUCAGCAUGAGGCGUCCAGACGACUGCAGCAAGCGCAGCAGCAGCAGCAGCAGCACCUGGGUAGCAGAAAACUCAAGAGAAACGCUUAGCUUGUGGGACUCCACGCCAGAUGCUUUCACUAUGAGGGGCAUCAGUGGCACUGACCAAGUACAGGCGCCGCGACCGUCUCGCCGGCCAUCCCUGCUGCAACAAGGCUCCAUGCCGUACCCCACUGCUGUUUCUCCCACUGCAGCUGGUGGUGGCAGCAUUGGCGGCUUUAGGGCUACAAGUGUGGAGCAGCAGCGCGGCAGCAGUACAAGCAGCAGCCAGCAGCAGAGUCAGGAAGCGGUUGCAGCAGCCCGCGCAGUAGCAGCAGCAGCAACUGCUGCCUUGAGCAGGGGAGCCAGUGCCAGGCUGCGUCCUGCGAAAGAAGGUGCUGCUGUCGUUGCCCAACGUGCAGCAGCAGCAGCCUUAAGUGCAGCAGCGGAAGAAGUAGGCGAUGGCUUCUGUGAUACGCGGCAGGAAGCAAGAGUAUUCUAUCCGGAUGAGUGCAUUAAAAACCGACUUGAAAAGCUCUUCUGGGGCCUUAGCGUCUGA